AUCAUGGAGCGAAAUAUUGACCUCGCAGAUCAGGCUAACAUUAUGAAACCUCUUGAUCAGACAAGUCAGUCAUAGAGUGUCUCUUACAUUGCUGCUGUUAUCGUGUUAUCGGUGCAACACACGAAGUGAAAGCAAGGACCACGACCAUAAAGAAAAGAUGGCGACACCUUCAAGUAAUACCGCAUGGUUCUAUCGCUCGCUUAACCGGUUUCUAUUCCAGUUGAUGACAUCUUUACUUAUUGCAACAGUUUUGGAAUCAGGUGAAAUUCAGGGAUGGCUGGACCUACAUGACUCCGAGGAGGCAAAGGAUAAUCUUGAGCCCGCACCGAACCCGCUCAUCAGCCCAGUACACCAGUCGUUUUUCAUGGACAUGGAGACACGCGAGCUUUACAACCUGUACAACUGGCGGGACAUCUGCGACACGGAACUGAUGCCACGUCAGAGCAAGAAGUCCAAGUGGGCGGUCCGGGGGCACGAUGCUCUGGAACAGUUCUGCAAGAACGCCUUCAAGGGCUGGGAAGCUCUGAAGGAGCGGGAGCUCAUGGAGCGCUGCCCGAAAGCCCAGGAUCCCGGCUGCCGACCCCUGGACGGGAAGACCCGCUGCACCGUUCGCAUCCGAUACAGCAACACCACCGAUAAGAUGAAAAUCGUCUCGCUCAAGUACUGCUCCAAGGGAAUCGACUGGGAAGGUCUCAAGCCUGACGCAGCAGAAACUCAGGGGCAAUGGGGCUUCCAGUAAAAGUCAAAUACAAACUAUACGUGGACGUAUU